AUGUCUGCCUCGCUCGCUCGCCCCAUGCUCCGCGCUCCCAUGCGCAUCGCCGCCCGCCGCUACGAGAGCACCGCCAGCAGCGCUGCCAGCACUGCCGGCAACGCCGCGGGCAAUGCCGCUUCCAAGGCCUCGCAGGGCCUGUCCAAGGUUACCAGCGCGGCUGGCCCUGCCAUUGCCGGCGCCGCCCGUGGCGUGAGCAAUGCCCUCGGCAAGAUUGGUGGCCGCACCGGUCGCCUGAUCAACUUUGUCCAGGCCCAGACUCCCUUUGUCACCUACUACGGCAAGGUCGGCCUUGAGCUCUCGAAGCUCGUCUUCCAGGGCCAGAAGAUGGCUCCUCCCUCCAUGGCCACCUUCCAGACCACCUACCAGAACCUCUGGACGAGGCUCCAGAACCGCUCCAUCUCGCCCCAGAACAUCAUCCAGCAGGUCCGCAGCCUCGGCGCUCCCCAGCUCGUUGCUGGUGGUGUCGUCCUCGCCGAGUGCCUCGGCUUCUUCACCGUCGGCGAGAUUGUCGGCCGCUUCAAGCUCGUCGGCUACCACGGCGAGGUUGCCAGCCACCACUAA